AUGUCUACCAUUCCUACAGGCACAUACGUUAUCAUGAAUGCCACAACGCACACAUACCUCAAUGUGCUCGGUUUCCAGCCCGUUCCAGGUGACAUCGUCAAUAGUACUGGAAAUCACUUAGGGAAUGACAUGCAAAGCACUGCAAUCCCGUAUGCCUGGUAUAUCGUAGACCAUUACACUGGUAAAGGGCUUGCAGUGAAGGAUAAUUCUGCCGCAAAUGCUGCACAAGUUCUGGAAUUGGGACUAACAAACCAUGGAAGCCAUGAUUGGUUUUUCAUCGCAAAGGAACCCUUAGCUGGUACCAACUAA